AUUACCUACCUACCACGGUACGUGACGAGUUCAGUAAUUCUAUGUAGAAUCGCCCUGAAGAAAUAAAGAUAUUGAGAUAUAGCACUUCGCAGUUAUUACACAUAUAACAACAUAUGAAACAAAAAUUAGUAAAAAAAAAUGAAUCAACCAAAGAAAAAUAAUUUGAGACCAGCCAGUCAAGCGGAAAUUUUACGAGCUCAUCAAAGAGAUAAUGAUUUUAUUUCUCAAAUGAGUGAAUCAAUGACAGAUUUAUUGCAUCGAUACAAUUUACAAAGAAGAUUUUUUUGCUAUUUCAAAUCAGAAAUACCAGCAAAACUACUGUAUUUCAUUGUUACUUCUGGUUUGGGAAAUCAAACACUUGGGGAAGAAUAUACUGGCAUAGUUCAAGCUAAUUUAAACAACCGUACUAUUCCUUCACUCAUGACAAGAAUACUAGCUGCUAUCCUUGAAUGUUUUGGAGAACAAAUGCUGCUAAAAUUAUUAGAUAAAUUACAAUAUAAAAUAAAUAAGAGUGAUAAUGAAUUAACUCCAAGAGCAAAGUUUUUUCUAAACAUUGUUCUUAAUAGAACUCGAACAAUCAUACCUAUUUUAAUUUUAGUCCAUCGAGGCUUAUUUUAUCUUUAUGGGAGGUAUUAUAGUAUUGGAAGAAGAUUUGCUGGAAUUGAUUAUAUCAAGGUUUAUGGUCCUCGACCUCAUAGCAGUGUGAGCUGGGGUUUAAGAAUUUUGGGUUGUGUUACAAUUGCUCAGUGUUUAUUUCAUCUUUGGCAGUCAAAAAAUUCUAUUGAUGAUAUAGUCAUUCAUGAAAAAGAGUUGGAUGGCACAAUUUCUACUAAUUGCCAAUUGUGUUUAGAAAAGAUUCCUAAUGCCACAACUCCAUGCGGCCAUUUAUUUUGUUGGACUUGUCUAUCUGAAUGGGUUAGAGCUAGAAACCGUUGUCCUCUUUGCAGAGAAAGUGUAACUUCAUCACGAAUCAUUCCCUUGAUGAAUAUGUAAAUUUAUGUAUUAUAGGAUUGGCCUAGUAAAAUAAUAAAAAAACUUUUGGAUCAUGGGCUGAUAGUUACCCUGCUCAUUUAAAGGGAUAAUAGUAAUUGUAUAUAAAGUUAAAAGUAUUUUUUUGUAGUCAUGAAGUAAACAAUAAUC